GUUGCUGAUAGCUGGGCAUGAGUAUUAUUACUACUUCGGUACAUAGCCCUUUCUUGAGUCUAGGUCCAACCAAUGCCAUUAGGGUUUACAAGAAGUUGCUGCCCAGCGAUGGAUUCGUCUGCGGCCGACUGUCCUCUUUCCAGUGUUGUUGCAGGGGAAAAGACGACGAUCCAGCAACACACCAAGGUUUCUCAAUUCUCAAAACAAAUGCACAAGUUGAUAUUGGAAAUGUAUGGAGCUCUGUAGGUUUUUACGUAUUUGGCAUUCACGUUCCAUUAAGUUUUGGUGGUUUGUCUGCCGCCGCGAAGUUAUUGCAACAGCCUCUUCUCAAUCCACAGAUUGCGGCAUUCUUAUUACUUGGAAUCCAAACCCUAGAGCUUGGAAUUGUUUUGCUACUUUUAAAGCGUCCUGGGAAGCCUCAAUAUGAUCUUGCAGAUUUCUUCCAUGGUAGCAAAUCUUCGAAAGGAAGAAGCAUAUUAUUAGGAGUAGCUCUUGGCUUUGGAUUUCUUUCUUCAUUGGUUUUCAUUACUUCAUAUUUUGCUGAAAUAUUGAUAGGCUCUAAGGAUGCCAACGAUCCCUUUGUUAAGGAUGUUCUUUGUAGCAGCUCAAGCUCCAUAGUGUGCAGUGUUCUUGUCUACAGCAUUGUAACGCCGCUGCUGGAAGAAGUUGUUUACAGAGGCUUUCUUCUAACAUCGCUAGCCGCCUCCGAUAUGGAAUGGCGACAAGCGGUUGCAUUGAGUUCUCUUGCAUUCAGCGCGGCUCACUUCUCCGGCGAGAAUUUCUUACAGCUUUUUAUUGUCGGAAUCGUACUCGGAUCCUCCUACUGCUGGACAGGAAACCUCGCUGCACCUUUAGCUAUACAUUCGUUGUAUAAUUCCCUCAUUAUGCUUUCAGUGUUCAUCUCAUGAAUCCAUUUUCAAAAAUUGUGGAUAGUGUCAAGCCUUAGCCAUGUCAAUUUCUUCUUCAUUAACUGCAGAUUGUUGGAUCUUAGGCAUGGCUGUAAUUUGAAUAUUUAUUUAUUUAUUGGCAUAUGGCGAAUCACGUUUUUAGAAA